AGAUCUGAGCAGCAACAGCUUAGGGGGCUCCAUUCCUCCCACGCUCGGCCUUCUCACCAACCUCGCCUCACUUCAUCUUGGGAGCAACGCCUUGGAUGGGACAUUGCCAAUGGAGCUCACUUUUCUUUCUGCCAUUUCAUACCUGAACAUGACUGCAAAUAGACUAAGAGGUCGAAUCCCAGGAGGCAUAUCCCAACUCAAUGAGCUUGCAUUCUUUGACCUCUCAGCCAAUCAGCUUGAUGGGUUGAUUCCACUAUCCAUUGGCAACCUUUCCAGCCUUGCUGAAUUGAACCUCAGCAGCAACACUUUGGCAGGCAGCAUUCCCAACCGCCUCUACGGCCUCUCUUCUCUGCGAUCCCUGUCACUUUCUGGGAACCUUCUGUCUGGAUCUUUGUCUUCAAGUGUGGCGUCCUUGGCUGCCAUGCAGGCUCUGUAUCUGGGUCAAAACAACUUCACAGGAUCCAUCCCACCCGUUCUUGGACGACUGACGAAUCUAACUCUCCU